UUUGAUUUCUCCAUAUCCUGGAGUUACUUGCCUUUUGAGAGACUGUGACCGUCCGCUAGUAAAGGGGAGAUCGUGUGGUGUGAGUUUCAGACUAUCUAGGGAUCAAUGCCAUACAGUCGACCACUAGGGCGUGCUACCUGGUAACAACAUCACCAGAUGGAUUCAAGCAGGAAUUCGCAUCCCUUUUUGGGCUCUCCGCCUCGUGCAUCGUCCCCGCUGUCGAUUCCUCCAGCUCCGCCGAAUUUCCGACAAUCGAUCCGGGCUCCUCCGCCUCCGACAAAGCCUGAUACGGAAAAGGAGGAAUUGCGCAUACAGAACAAUACUUUGAAAUAUGAAUUGGAGAACCUCAAGCAAGAGCGGGAUUUGGUGGUAUUGCGUCACGAGAAAGAAUUGCGAGACCUGCAGUUGAAAGCGGAUGCGGAUUUCAGGAAAUUCCAGGUGCGUCGGAGACUUCACAAAUGGUGACCUGAGGCUAGCGACUAACGGAUUUAACUCAAGGCCGCGGAAUCUGCUAGCC